AUGCAGGAAACAAACAAGAUCGAGGAGCUAGAGAGGCGACUUCGUGAGGCAGAAGAACGCAUUGCAAGCGAAAAGCAACGCGCCGAGAAGGAGCAACAACGCGCCGAAGAAGCAGAACGAGAGCGUCAACAAGAGCGAGAUCGUGCCGAGAAGGAGCAGCAACGCGCCGAGAAGGAGCAACAACGCGCCGAAAAAGCAGAACGAGAGCGUCAACAAGAGCGAGAUCGUGCCGAGAAGGAGCAGCAACGCGCCGAGAAGGAGCAGCAACGCGCCGAGAAGGAGCAGCAACGCGCUGAGAAGGAGCAGCAACGCGCCGAGAAGGAGCAGCAACGCGCCGAAGAAGCAGAGGAACAGACGCGACCGACCACAUUCGACGAGUACAUCGCUGCUUGUCAUCACCAUGUCUUUUCCCAGUUCACGGUGGAAAGAGACCGCAGGCUUACGUCAAGGGGUUCCAUCACCAACCCCCGAAACAAGCUGUGCCCUACUAGUCUUGAGCCUUGGCCACGCUUCCUGGAACUGCAGGGGAGCGUUUUCAAUACUCUCUACGAAUGUCUGCCCGUCGACAUUCGUGUCUUCGAGAGCCAAAACUUCCUAGCCGGUCUAGGACGGAGAGUGGCGCAGCGACCGAUAGCAGAUGAGAAGACGCUGGAAUACUUCAUGCAUAAUAGUGUCGAAGAUCCUGUCAGAGUCAUUAUGGAGCAACUCAGGCAGAUUGACGAGGUGUGCGACGCAUUCGACAUGGGAAACGGGAUCGUCUUCGAGAACCACCCUCACGCCAUCAGCGACGUCGCCGAGGAAGUAGUCGCCCGGGGGAACCCGUCAACACCGCCGCAAACACCGGACCACCGACGAGAUCUUCAUCGGCUGCGGCCCGACCAAAUCUGCAUUUAUCGGUCAGGUGAUGACCCAUCCCCGGAGAAGCGGACGAUGAUCUACGUGUCCGAGUAUAAGGCACCCCAUAAGCUCACAGCUCCACACCUCCGCGCCGGACUACGGCCGAUGAAUAUCUACAAGGAAGUCGUCAAUCGGAAGACGAUCCCGCCAUCUAUGGACCCGGACGGCCGUUUUCAAUAUCACGCCGAGAGACUGACGGCGUCUGCCCUCACACAAACGUAUCACUACAUGAUCGAGGGCGGUCUCGAGUACGGGUUGCUGACAACUGGCGAAGCGACCGUCUUUCUCAAGGUGGAUUGGGCAGAGCCUGAGACAUUGUAUUAUCACCUGGCAGAGCCCGGGCCGGAGGUGUUGGCUCAUCCAGAGCAUAUGCAGUCUAGCUCCGCGGUGGGACAGUAUCUCGCGUUCAGCCUGAUGGCGCUAGCUGGGCACCUACGACAUACGAGGACUUUGACCGGUCGCCGAUUACGCGACGAGAUCAGUCGGAAUCAUCGGACGACGAGUCGGGAUAUCGGCCUCCGGAUACGCCGAGCCCCUCUGAGCGGCAAGGAGGACAUGGACAACGCGGACAACGUGGACGAGGCGAUGCAAAUGUACCUCGACGAAGUCAACGAAUCCUGGCACGCCGACCACGCCAAGGGACUGCUGCGACAGACGCUGGAUGCCGGGAUCACGAAGCUAGGAAAGCACGGUGCUCGAGGAGUGCUUUUCAAGGUGACCCUUCUGUCGUACGGCUACACGUUUGUGUGCAAGGGCACAGUGCAGGCCUUCAUCCGAGACCUUGAGCAUGAAGCAGCCGUCUACAAGCGCCUAGAGCAGGUUCAGGGCGUUAACGUACCCGUCUUUCUCGGUGCCGUAGACCUUCGGCCGCUGAAGAGGACCUACUACUACGACCAUCGGGUUUACGUCGUGCACAUGACGUUUCUUUCAUGGGGAGGAGACAUGAUUGACGAGGCCAAGGUCGCAGGCAGCACGAGAAGAAUCCUCGAGGCCAAGGCGCUUGCAUCCCUGCGGGCGAUACAUCAGGAAGGUGUAGUGCACAAAGACGUGCGAAGCGCCAACAUGCUAAUCAACAAAGAGACGGACGGUGUGAUGAUGAUCGACUUUGAGCGUGCUAUAUUGCUUGAACCAGUGCGAUGGCCACUUGCGCAGCUGGUGCCCAACAAGAGAAGAUUGGACUCGGGCAACACGACAGGUUCAGGGAAGGGCAGAGCAUGCAAGCGGCGAGGCGCGGGUAGUUGUGGAUUCGCGGAGGAUACUCUGAUGGUGAGGACAGCAUUCCUGGGGAUGGAGGACGGCCAGGAAUGA